UUGUUGAAUGACCAGUACUAGUUGUGUUUUUUAGACUAAUAAUGUUCACCGUACUGGUUUUCUUAACCUGUGUCAUCAUAGCCUACACAAAAUUAACAUGCAUUGGAGAAGGUGGCCAGCCUGUAGACAUGUUUAUUAUCUAUAAACUACCGCGAAUUGAUUGGUACAAAACUCCACCACUGGUCAGUUCUGGACAUGGUUAUGUUUACCUUGACUCUAAUCAUUUCAAAUUUUAUCUCACCAAUAACUCGAUAGCAGAACAAAGCAGUGCAGCUGGACUGACACUGGAUCAAGUUUACAGUAAAUAUAACCCUGAAAAAUGGUAUAAGAAGAAUAAUUUUCAGUAUGUCGAUGGACCCACAGAUCAAGCUCAUUUAUUUUAUAAUGAUGAAAAUCCGAACGGAGAAAAAUAUUUCAAGUGUGGACACACCAAGGGAGCGCUAGCAUUUAACGAAGAAUCUGGUUUUUGGUUGAUCAACAGUGUUCCAAAAUAUCCACCUGCUGCUUCAGAAGGUUAUGAUUAUCCUCAUAGUGGUUGUAUGUAUGGACAAAUGUUUAUGUGUGUCACAUUCAAUUCAUCUGCAUUUAAUGACAUUGGAUUGCAACUUCGCUUUAAUGAUCCACAUGUACAUGAUGCUAACCUGCCAAUGGACUGGGAAGUUAAUUAUCCCAACAUAAAGUUACUUUUAAAUGGUGAUAUUGUGAACAAACCUCCACUCUCGAACCAUCUUGCAAUAAAGUCACUCGCUGGAGUAGACUAUCAACAUUUCGCCAAGGCUGAUAACUUUCACAAAGAUCUUUACCAUGAGCUGGUUGCACCUGGUUUACAGACGAAUAUAUUGACAGAAACAUGGCAACAUGGUCAUAACAUUGGACCGUCUUGUGAUGGUGGUUAUACGGUGAAUGACAUAAUUAGUUUGAAUAUUUCAUCACCCGACGUGCAAGAUUUCUCAUUCUUAAACUUAGACGACCAUUCGAAGUUUGUUGUUGGUGAAUCGUCUGAGGAACCCUAUGUUUGUGUGGGAGACAUCAAUCGUCAACCCAGUCAAUUUAAACGAGGAGGUGGAACAUUGUGUUUAAAGAAUACGAAGUUGUGGGAAGAAUUUUCAAAAUUCACUAUCAAUGCAACUCAUUGUGGCACGAAACAUAUCAACUAGUAUGUUAUGAACAAAGAUGGUUAUUCAUCCUGAUGUCUUUCAUUUACUAUUUAUUUCUGCAUUUGAUGAUAAGUAUAGAAAAUCUAAUAUAUCCUUAUAUCCUUAAAACAAUAAUAAUAUAAAAGUAUAAUAAACUCAUAAGAAAAAAAUACACAAGAAAAUAAUAGAUAUAAAUUUUUACGAUUUAUUCUGUAAAAAUAUUCACUGAUAAUAUUUCUUUUAAAGUUACGGCAUAAUGUUUUAAUUUGGGCAUUUAUUAAAAUUUUUUAAAAUGAGGAGAAGCGUUUCUUAUAGAAGGCGCUAUGAAUUUUUUCGAUUUUGGUUAUUUUUGUGGCAAAUUAUUAAAUCUAAAUCCUUUUUCGCGUGGAAAAACGUAAUGAUAGAUAUACCUAAACUUAAAGAGGCUAUGGAUUCGAUAAAAACUCUAUUUCAAGAGGAGUGUUUAAAAAUAUAAGUAAUAUGGCGUUUCAAUAGUUGUAGGUUUCUGUUUUUUUUUCUUAAAGAGUUUAUAUAAACGCCAAAAGACGUAUACUGAAUUUUCUAUUUUUUUACCACGCAUUGGUGUAGUGUAAAAUUGUUUACAAAAAAAGAACUGGAUUAGUUUUGCACCAUUUUUUAAAAAAAAUAAAUCGCUUUUGCAAUCUUAACAGGACACAAAAUUUGAAGCUAACCUUUAAUAGUGCAACCAAUUUUUCGUUAGCAAAGAUUCUUUAUUUCAUGAAUAUAAUUUUACAAUUUAUUUGUAAUAGUCAUUUUUUACAGAAAUAAUAUAAAAUUCGUUCCACAAGACUUCACUUGUGUACCGAAUUCAUGCUGCCAUGUUUCUUAUUAUUAGCACUUAAGAUACUUUCACAUACAUCAAUAGUGUGAUCCAGUCCCCAGCCUGCAUUAUCUCGCUCAAACAACAAAAACUAGUUUUUUAACUUUGUUUUUUUAUAAGAAAACAAGAAAACAAGAAUAAAUUUUUUUAUGGAUACUUUCUCUAAACCUCUUUGUUGAUGUUGGUUAGUGUGUCCAGCCAUCAUUUUGAGAGCUAACCUUUUAUGACACUUUAAUACCCAGAACCAUUGCUAGAACUUGGAGUCGCUUCAAGCCUUCUAACUCGUUCCCAGCUUGCAAUAGUUUCCGGUUAUUAAUAACUUCAGAAAAUGUAAUUUUAAAUUUAGAUCCAUUCUUUUCUUGACGGCAAUUUUUGUAGUCGGAAAAUUUUGAUAAAAAAGGGGCGGGCUGCUA